CGUUUCCGCACGCAACACCCACCAACUCAACACACCACCUUUACAAUGGCUGUUGGUUCCGCUCGCCGCGACAAGGGCAAGGGCCGCUCCACCGGUCUCACCGAGGAGCAGAAGCAGGAGAUCCGCGAGGCGUUCGACCUCUUCGACACCGACGGCUCCGGCACCAUCGACGCCAAGGAGCUCAAGGUUGCCAUGCGCGCCCUCGGCUUCGAGCCCAAGAAGGAGGAGAUCAAGAAGAUGAUCGCCGACAUCGACAAGGAUGGCUCCGGCACCAUCGACUUCGAGGAGUUCCUCACCAUGAUGACCGCCAAGAUGGGCGAGCGCGACUCCCGCGAGGAGAUCAUGAAGGCUUUCCGCCUCUUCGACGACGAUGAGACCGGCAAGAUCAGCUUCAAGAACCUCAAGCGCGUGGCGAAGGAGCUCGGCGAGAACAUGACCGACGAGGAGCUUCAGGAGAUGAUCGACGAGGCUGACCGCGACGGCGACGGCGAGGUCAACGAGGAGGAAUUCUUCCGCAUCAUGAAGAAGACUUCCCUCUUCUAAGUCGCCUCGCUCAGCACGCGCGUGUCGCAACCCAACACUGCACAAGCACCUGUAGUAUCCCGAACAUUUAGGCAUAGAAGACGCUCCGAAGUGGCGACGCAUGAUACCAACGCAUUCGCCGUGAAGAUUUUGUAAUCAGACGUUGCCACCAGGCUCCUUUGUAAAC